AUGGCUGACCUCUACCCUUCAGCUACAAAUUCUCCUUAUCCGUCCCUUGAUACCGUUCAGAACCACCCUAAAACAGAGUCAAAGCCUCAAGCAACGUUCUUAACCAAGCUCUAUGCCCUCCUCGAGCGUCCGGAGAACCACCAUAUGAUCAGAUGGGAUCCCCAAGGCGAACAUAUCAUCGUAGAACGUCCAGAACAACUCGCUUUGCAUGUUCUGCCGUCCAUAUAUCGCCAGUCUCGAUUCGCGAGUUUUUCGCGUCAAUUGAACAUUUACGGUUUCAUGCGUAAAGUCAAUCUUCGCAAUGUUGACCCCGCUAUAGACGAUCCCGAUGCUAGCACUUGGUCCCAUCCUACUCUGAAUCGACAUUCGCCACCCGAGGUUGUCGCUAAUUUCAAGCGUCGCGUACCCCCAAGGUUACCUAAACCUCGCAAACGCGACUCGCACGAAUCACAGCUUAUUCCUCCCCCUAGGUCUGCAAUUCCCUCGGGUGGCCCUUCUUCACCGACAAAACUCAACGGAAUCCCACCUCCACAUUUACCUAUCGUUGGUCGAGCCAGAGGGUUCUCUGCCCCUGGUUCAUUUACUCCAGCGUGGGCUACACAGGCAACCCAUUCCAAUAACUUUUCCCGGAGUUCAAUACCGCCCUUGACUGUGCCCGGUGCAUCCGAUCCACCAUCUCAUUCUUACGAUGAUCCUAUUUCUCCGACUUCAUCUUACUCUUCACAUUACUCCCAUCAAAACCAUUACCAGUCGAAUCCUUACCCGGAUGUCUCUUCCAAUCAAUGGUUCGGUUCACCGGCCAGCAGCUCCUCGUCCAAUAGCCUCUCUUCAUUACUGAACCCGAGCACUCGCCCUACCCCCACAAUCAAUACUUCUGUCAACGGCAGCGGGGGCACUAAUGGUGGUUACGCCUCGCCAUUCUCUUCGAUCCCACUUCAUAGCCACCACCACCACCACCACCACCAUCAACAACAACAACACCACGGCGGCUCUGACCACAACAGUUCCGCUGCAUCUCCUCUCUCACCUGACGCUCAUGGCCGAGCUCAUACGAGUUAUUCGAUGAGCCAGAUGGGAUAUGGAGGUGAAGAGCCGGCCUAUGCACCCGGCCCGCCUACUUCUGCGGGUGGUUCUCGACCGAAUAGUAGCCAUCGACAGCUGAGUCCUUCGCCUCGUCCCCCUUCGUCCAACCGGGGGUCACCUUAUCAUACGUCGUCGUCGCUAGCCCAUUCACAUUCUGUGAAUUCGCCAUUCCGAAAUAAUCUUGGAAGAGCAAGGAGGCAUUCACAGGCGAUUAGUCCUUACCCGCUUCCGUAUGAUUCACAUUCAGGUGGUGGAUUGGAUCAUCACACCCGUCCAUCUACUUCACCUCAACCACAUCAUCCACACGCCCAUCACCAUGUUCAUAGCACACAUGGUACUACCAACGGCAGUCUUCCCCGUGUGAGGAGUAUGAUUCAGCUACCUUCCGUUGAGCCCGGUAGCACUUCGCAUGCGCAUUACGGUUCUUAUGCUAAUCCACAUCACCCAUCCAACGGAGCGGCAGACUUUGCUUAUUCUCCUGUUAGUGUAGGAGGAUCGACGAUUUCUUCAAUUCCGUCUUCUUCGUCAACAUCCUCGUUAGCGUCCGUGUCGUCAUCUGCGUAUUCGCCAUUAGAUUAUAGGCACUCAGGGAGACCAGGCACUAGUACGUCGUCCAUUUCUCAGAACAGUUCGAGUCAGGCGAAUACGCCGCCGUUGGAUCCAUUCCCUGCAUCUACUCCGGGGGCGGGCAAGUUUUCGGUUUCUGGGGAGAGCGGACAUGGAACUGGGUAUUCUGAUGAGGGAAUGGGUGUAGUCAAUGUGAGAGGGUAUGUAGCGACGGACGAUACGUUUGGGUUUACGGUGCCAGGUGAAUACGGAGGAGCAUGA